GUUCAGACCCGUAUUCAUUGAAACUAAGGAUUUAGAAUUCUCCUGAUGGUCCCAGAGUUGUCUUGUUACUAAUCUCAACUUCAAAUUCACUUGAUUUCUCUGGUAUAUUUGUUUGUUGUCUCCCCUAUUAGCCGGGUGAUUUGAAACGUUUUCAUGCAUAAACAUGAGAACGUAUGCUGUGUUCUACAAGGGAUACCUCAAACUCUUGAUAGCUAGUUUGUGGAGCAUGAUUUGCCUGAUAUUCAGAAGGCACUUAAAAACAGCAUUAAAAUACCAAAGUGUGAAAUAUGAUAUUGUUCCUUUAUCUCCCUUAUCUAAGUACCGGUUGUGUACAUUAAGACGAAAAGUUAUGGUACUAGAUUUGGAUGAGACACUGAUUCAUUCAGUACACGAUGGGAUAAUGCGGCCAACGGUCAGACCAGGAACACCUCCAGAUUUCGUUCUCAAAGUUUUUAUUGACCAUCAUCCUGUUCGCUUCUCCGUUCAUAAACGACCGCAUGUUGAUUUUUUCCUCAAUGUGAUAAGCCAGUGGUACGAACUUGUAAUAUAUACAGCUAGUCUUGAAAUUUACGGAGCAGGAGUAACUGAGUUGCUCGACAAUGGACGCCAUAUUCUUCAGAGACGAUUUUACAGACAGCAUUGUACAUAUGAUAAUGGCAGCUAUUCAAAGAAUCUUUCCCUAAUUACCUCUGAUAUGGCUUCUGUAUUUAUAUUAGACAAUUCUCCAGGGGCCUAUCGAUCAUAUCCUGAUAAUGCUAUUCCGAUUCGGUCGUGGUUUUCCGAUUCACGUGAUACAGCCCUUCUAUGUCUACUACCAGUACUGGAUGCUCUUAGGUUUGUGAGCGAUGUACGUUCAGUACUAAGUCGUAAUUUACACAGGCCCCAAUCCAUACUACCUUAACACUAAUACAUGCAUACAUGUUCUUCUGUCCAAAUACCUGAUUACCUUUUUGUGUGACCAGAUUUCAUAGGUUCUAAUUAUUAUUAAUACUUAGUUGUAUAUUCAACUUCACAAUUCUCAUUUCAGUUAAACCUUUCUAGUGCGUUAAUCUUUAUACUUAGAAUUUUAUCAGACUAUAUAAUGUGUACAUGAUGUUUUCUAAUUUCAUUAGGGCUCCUUAUCUAAUAGACUCAGUACUGUGUUUUGGAUUAUUAUUCUCAAUAUCUUUCUGUGUUUGCUACGUUUUUGUUCAUGUUUUAAAGCUUUAUAAUCUUUUUGUCUCCAGUCCACUCUAUUGUCUGCACAGUACUACUCUAUUUUGCGUCUGUUGUUUGAUUCCAUGAAUAACUUUAGGGAGGUGUUGUUCAAAUUAGUAUGUAUACUCUACUUUUUCUGUGUACGCCUCAGUUAAUAUGAAAUAGGUACAAUUGAUUUGUUGAUACACUACUAGAAUAGCAUAUUCUAUUGUCCUUGUGAGCUAAAAUUGUAUUAUAUUUUGAAUACUUUGUUUCUUAUACUUAUCAGUAUUAUACCUGUUGUUAUUUUUAGAAUUCCCUUCAUGUCUGAUUCCAGUCUCUAUUUCCUUCUUUUUCUUCUAAUGAUAAAUACAGUUAUUUAAACCUAAUUAUUACCUCAAUAACCAAUUCUACCAGCUUUCUUGUGUGUGUAAAUAAUAAAUAUACAAUUUAUUUCUUACUGUAAAUUAGCUUUCUUUUUGUGGACAUAUUUAAACUAUACGUUGGAGUGGCCUAGCGGUCUAAGGCGCUAGACUCAAGUGUUCUUCUGGGUGUUCUGGUUCACGAUGUGGGCGUGGGUUCGAAUCCCACCUCCGACACAUACUCGCCCCCAAAUGCCCUGGUACGACCGAGGGUGGGGAGAGUCUGCUCUUCCUCUCAGGACGCGUUCACAUGGCCAUGUGUAUGCAACCACUGUCAGAGAAGUUCUACUCACUUCCUUCUCGCGGCAUCACCGUUGUUUACAAAAUUGAAAGAACGAAAAGCAAAUGUUCGGCGCUUUGACCGGGCUGGUGGAUAUGGAGGAUCCACCUAAGGGGGUUAGAAAACCCUUAUUCCAAACUGAUGGUACAUAUGGGCUGGCUCCAGUAUCCUGAAGGAACAAAUAGUGUAUGAACCAAUUGUUGGUCACCGGUUACCAUAGGACUGCAUCUCCCUACGUUGCUCCACUGUCUUGUGUAUUAGACCUUUAGGUUGAAGUCUCGGGGUGUGACCCCCUGGGAAAGCCACCUGCUUCGAUCUGGGCACCCAAGCAGUAUCACAGCCCACACAAAUCGAGUGACUUGUGUUGCGCAUUUGUAUUUAUGUGUUCAAGUGUUAUAAGGUAAAAAAUAAUGCUGAUGACAGGGUAAUUUUUGGGAUAUUUUCCUGAAUAUCCCAACACCUUUUUUUGGAGAUCCGGAGUUGAUGUCCGGAUUUUAAAUUUUUCUCGCGUCUAUCCUCCCCCUCGAAAUAAUGUUGGGUCCUCAUUUACCCAAGGAACAGUUGAUGUGACUCUAUUUGAAGCAUAUUUCCCGCGUUGAGUAGAGAGUCCACUAGGACUGACUAGAUGGUGAGGAUCAGCGACAGUAGAUAUGAGGUCAUUAGGGUUUAAUUCUUGUGAAACAUUCCCAUCAGAUCUCUUCAAAAUUCCAUUAGUGGAUAAUGUUUCAUUAAAAUAAACAGCAUCUAUCAAAAUUGUAUUAGAUUUCUGACCAUUAUUUGAAGUAUGGGACAUAUUUUCUGGCAAAACAAUGGGAUCUUUUCGUGAGCUGGAUAUGCCACUGUCUGUACAUGCUGUUUCGAGGAUAAUGGAGUUUGACUCCAUUACCGGGAAUGUUUCUGGAAUGGAAAGUACUGGACCACUGGGCGCAUCGUGGAUGACUGCUGUCUCGUUUGAAGUACAGUUCAUCGAGGAUUCAUGAAGGCUGUUGUCAUUUUCCAGCUCACUGUGUAAUUCAGAUAUCAAUCCAUCCACCUCCGUCGCGUCUUAGUAGCAUGAAAGAUUUAGCAGCUGCGUGCGGAAUUUGACUAGUAGCUCCAAAUGUCGUUCAAAGAGCAGCUGUAAUCGAUCGGAAGGGAGAGUCAUUUUUUCGAAUCAGCACCUGUGAUGAAAAUUACUGUAUGAAUAAUGACCAAUGUCGUUGAAGGACAGUGACGACAAUCUGGAUGCUGAUUGGUUGAAUAAUUAGACUGGAUGUCGUCCAAUUACAGAAUGACUUUGGGUUGUUUUUUUUCUUCAUCCCC